GGGUAGCCCCUUAGUUGACUAUGCGCGCUAUAUGUCACUUUCGUCACAUUGUGGGUAUUCGUUUUAGAACCGCAAUUGGACUGUGGCUGCCGUUACGUUAUUCGUUUUACAUUUUCUGCGUCAACACCGUGUCAAGUUUGUGUUGCCGCACGGAACACAUGCUAAGGGAGCAUGUUCUAGUUGCGUCAAAUGUCAAGAGUUUGUUGUUUUAGGUUACGGUAAAAGAAUUUAAGUUUUUUAGCGAUCGUUUAAUUUCAAAAAUUAUGGAACAGGUGCGUUUUUAUGUUGAUGUCGUUGAACGUGAUUUUUAUUAUUUUAUUUUUUCAGCCUGGGUACAUUUGUUCCGUGUGCAACACAAAUGUAGGACUGACCACCUCAGCUGCAAAGCACCAUGACUGCAUGGAGGGUCAUGAAAACAUAUGGAUAGUGGACAAUUACAUCUACCCAUAUGAUCCUACUUCUCAAAGUGAAGAAUUCCAUACUGAAUUGAGCGACAACUCUAGCGAAUCAAAUUUAAAUGUAGAUAAUGAAGGACAUUCUUCUGCUACACCACAGCUGUGGCCACUUCAAGCUAAGAAGUUAUUAAUAGAAUUGUACCCUAAGUAUCUGAAACGUUUUUCAGAUAGAGUAAUUAUUUCUAAGGAACAAAUGUUUGUCAAACUAACAGCUGAAUUAAAUGAGUAUGGAUAUAAAUACACUGCUAUGCAAGUAAAGUACAGAUGGCGAUGCUUCGAAAAGGCUUAUAAAAAUUUUGCUAAGCAUACAAAAAGUACAGGUCGAGGUUAUAAGAAAUUGGAGUUUUACGAUGAGCUGCAUGAUAUCUUUCAGAAGGAACCAAGAUUCUACCCAGAAGUACUCACUUCAAGUGUAGCAACAAAAACUUUGCAAAAAGAAAAUGCACUUCCUCAAAAUGAAAAUGUGCUUCCAACAAGUGAGGCGCCACGUGCAAAUACAAUCACAACCAUAACGCAAAACCCACCACAAGGUUUUAAUGUUCAAAAGAAAGGUUACAAACCUACAUCUAUUGUUCUGGAAGGAAUACAUGCAGAAAUGAAACGGAAAAAUGAUCUAACUGAACAGAAAUUAGCCAUAGAGAAAAAGAAAAAUGAAUUGUUAGAACGCAAAUUGGAGUUAAUGAGUAAAUACUUAGCAGAGAAGGAGAAGUCGGAGAUUUAAAUUGCUCAUGUUGUGUUAAGU